GAUGGCCAACGACUAAGACCGAUGUCAAAGCGUGUGCCUUCCCUCACCGGAAUUUUGUCCUUCCUCUAUUCUCUCAUCCCGUCGACGGGAAGAGCGGAACGAAGAAGAAGCACAGAGAGCGCGACACUGAGAUUAGAUUCAACGUUCAGCCAUGGAUUUCUGGCUCAAAGCUCGAAGUUUCGCCGAGGAAGCCGCCAAGCGCUCGCAGGAGCUGACUCUGGAAGCUGCCAGGCGUUCCCAGGAGCUCACAAUCGGAUCCUCUAGUUUAUCCGAUAUCGUUUCCGAGACUGCCAAACGCUCCAAGGAAUUCGCCACCGAAGCCUCGAAGCGAGCUGAUCAAAUCAAAGCGGAAGCUGUUAAGCGAGCCGAUCGAAUCAAGUACAUGGUCGAGGGGACUCCGUCGUCUGGCGGGAAGGCUCCCGAUGAAGAGACGCGGGAGGAGGAUUUGGAGAGGUUUGGGAUUAACGAGGAGCUGAGGGACUUCGUCAAAGGGAUCACUAUGAGUACAUUUCGGGAUUUUCCACUUGAAGAUGAUUCACAAAUGUCCAAUGUCCCUACAGUCUCAAAUGUUAGUCAGGAUCUAACUGAGUGGCAGGCAAAGCAUGCAAGUCUUGUUCUUUCAACUGUCAAGGAAAUUUCUAAGUUACGUUAUGAACUGUGUCCACGCAUUAUGAAAGAGAGAAAAUUCUGGAGGAUUUACUUUAUGGUGGUGAACAGGCAUAUUGCACCCUAUGAGAAGCAGUACAUGGAGGAUGUCAUGCUGAAAUCGGCUAAACAAGCUGAAGAUGGAAGGAAUCAAAAGAUGGAACCUGUUAAAGCUGAAACGACAUUUACUUCUCCGGAAAAGAAAAAUGCUCCAACCUCUUCAGAUCAAGACUUGGAUGUAUUUCUCCUUGGGGACCUUGGAGAUAGUGAUGAAGGUCCAGAUGAUGGAGAUGAUGACUUUGAUGAUGAUUUUGACAAAAUGGUUGACAGUUCGGAUGACGAGAAAGACAAAUUGUAGGAGACAGCAGGGGGAGGUUUCACGUUCACUGCUUCUCAUCCAUUUGAAGUCCUCCUUUUCGCUCUUGGCGGCGGCGUUGGUUGGCUAAAUGAUGAUCAAAUAAAUCCCAGGUCGUAUCACUCCACUAGAGCACGCCCCCUCCAAGGAAAAAGAGUAUCUUAUUUUCAUUCUUUUAUUCUCUUCUCGCACUUGCCGCUGAGGGAGGUUCUAUGUACAAAAAUCUUGUAUACUUUCAAGUCUCUACAUCUUGGUUUGAAUGUAUUACAUUUUGUACAACACCAAGUACUUUAACUAUUAUCAUUUUUGUCCUUCAUAUCCCAUUUGAUA